AUGGAUGAGUUUGAUAUAGAAGAUUUUCUUAAUGCAGCAAGGGCUCAACCCCCCUUAGAUGACCCUGCUCAUGGUGCACCACGUCUACCCCCACCCCCACCCCCACCUCCACCUCCACCCACACAUCAACCUCCACCUCCUGGAUCUAAUGAGGCUCAAUAUCAAGCCCUUAUUGAUGAGAAUGUUGUUCUCAUACAAGGGAAACGGCUAUUGAGCUACAUGGAUUUGUUGAAUGUGCCUGAUUUGCUCGUGGAUCAAGAGAGGGCAGAGACAGAAGUAAGAUGCAGCAUUAAUGGCGGGCAGGUGAAAGAAGGCUCUGGAACAGCUGCACGCAUAGUCCCACCUUUCUUUGGAAACAUGUCCUCUUUAAGUCAAUUGACUUUGGGAAACAAUAGACUCCAUGGCAAUAUUCCAGUUGAAUUGGGUAGGCUUGCUCGACUUCAAGUUCUUACUCUGAGUUUCAACAGCCUUACCGGGCCAAUUCCCACUGCCCUUUCAAACUGCAGUAAUCUCCAAAUUUUACAGUUGUCUAGGAACAAAUUAGUUGGUCACAUCCCCUGGGAGUUCAGCAAACUAUCAAAUCUACAAAAUCUGUAUUUACGGGAAAACCAACUGAAUGGGGAGAUACCGAGUUCAAUUUCCAAUUGUACCCGUCUGCAAAUACUUGACUUAGACAGUAACCAGUUUAGUGGCACAGUGCCCUUGGAAUUUGGGAAAUUACUCCAGCUUCAGAAGCUUGUUUUGUGGGGAAAUCAUCUGGUGAGUGGAAGCAGCAGUUUGCCUGUUCUAACAGCCUUGACUAAUUGCUCCAGCUUAGAAGUUAUAGACUUGUCUCUUAAUAAUCUUACUGGAACCAUGCCCUCCACAGUUGGCCUUCUCUCAACUAGUCUCUACUAUUUGGGACUGGCCUUGAAUGAACUGGAAGGAUACUUGGCGGAUGAGAUUGGCAACCUCACAAAGUUGGCAGAGCUACAAUUAAGAGGAAACUAUUUCAGUGGGACAAUCCCAUCCACUCUGUCUAUACUUCCAAAUCUUGAAAGGUUGUACCUAAACAAUAACAAUUUACAAGGAUUAAUGCCAACAAUUUUGGGUCAGGCAAAAAGGAUUUGA